AUGCAGCCGGUUCGUCCUGAGGUCAUAGGUGUGAUGGAGUGGCAGCCGGACGAACAGGGUCUGCAGCAGGUGCUUCAGCUCCUGAAGGAUUCCCAGUCCCCAGACACGGCAACCCAGAGAGCCGUGCAAGAAAAACUGGAGCAGCUCAACCAGUUUCCCGAUUUCAACAACUAUCUCAUUUUUGUCCUGACAAGCCUUAAAUCUGAGGACGAGCCCACUCGCUCUCUGAGUGGACUGAUUCUGAAGAACAACGUCAAAGCUCACUACCAGAACUUCCCUCCUAACGUGGGUGACUUCAUCAAACGAGAAUGCCUCAACAACAUCGGAGACCCCUCGCCGCUCAUCAGAGCUACGAUCGGGAUUCUAAUCACGACCAUAGCCUCUAAAGGAGAGCUACAAACGUGGCCGGAGCUUUUGCCUCAGCUCUGUAAUCUGCUCAACUCUGAGGACUAUAACACCUGUGAGGGUUCUUUUGGAGCCCUGCAGAAGAUCUGUGAGGAUUCAUCAGAGCUGCUGGACAGCGAUGCUCUGAACAGGCCUCUCAACAUCAUGAUCCCCAAAUUCCUCCAGUUUUUCAAACACUGCAGCCCCAAGAUCAGGUCUCACGCUAUCGCAUGUCUGGUGCCCUACCUGAGCUUCAUCCUGGACACGCUGGUGUUCGCCUUCGGGAAGUACCAGCACAAGAACCUGCUCAUCCUCUACGACGCCAUCGGGACGCUGGCCGACUCCGUGGGGCACCACCUCAACCAGCCGGAGUACAUCCAGAAGCUGAUGCCGCCGCUGAUCGCCAAGUGGAACGAGCUGAAGGACGAGGACAAAGAUCUGUUCCCGCUGCUGGAGUGCCUGUCCUCCGUCGCCACGGCGCUGCAGAGCGGCUUCCUGCCCUAUUGCGAGCCCGUCUACCAGCGCUGCGUCACCCUGGUCCAGAAGACGCUGGCCCAGGCCAUGAUGUACAGCCAGCAGCCCGACCAGUACGAGGCCCCGGAUAAGGACUUCAUGAUCGUGGCCCUGGACCUGCUGAGCGGGCUGGCCGAGGGCCUGGGCGGCCACGUGGACACGCUGGUGGCCCGCAGCAACAUCAUGACGCUGCUGUUCCAGUGCAUGCAGGAUACGAUGCCAGAGGUGAGGCAGAGUUCCUUUGCCCUGCUGGGGGAUUUGACCAAGGCGUGUUUCCCACAUGUCAAACCAUGCAUCGCUGAGUUCAUGCCCAUCCUGGGAACGAAUCUGAACCCAGAAUUCAUCUCGGUCUGCAACAAUGCCACCUGGGCCAUCGGGGAAAUCUGCAUGCAGAUGGGAGUGGAAAUGCAGCCCUACAUCGCCAUGGUUCUGAACCAGCUUGUUGAGAUCAUCAACCGGCCCAACACCCCCAAAACCCUGUUGGAGAACACCGCGAUCACCAUCGGGCGGCUGGGCUACGUCUGUCCUCAGGAGGUGGCCCCCAUGCUGCCGCAGUUUAUCCGGCCCUGGUGA